AUGGAACCACUUCACAUAUUAAUACCAGCGCAACCAGCACAUUCCAACCGGGAAAAUAGCCCUACAGUUUCAAAUUCAAUUGGUCCAUGUACAUUUAUCCUAUCAGCACUUGAUGCUUAUUUCAUAUCUGGUCAUUUAAAUGGUUGGAUAAUUAUUUGGUCAAUUGAAAAACAUCGACCCUGCUGUCAAUGGAUUGGACAUUCAGGUUAUCAGAUUACAAGUUUACAUUUUUGGCCAAGAAAUACUUCACACGUGAUUAUAUCUCAUGCUCGUGAUGGUUUUAUACGUUUCUGGGAAUUUAAUCAAUUACAGGUUAACAGUUCUAAUCUUUUUGAACCGCUUCAUCAAAUUUUUAGUGAAAUUCGUACCUAUGAUGUGUCAUUUUGCAAUUCUACUUUCUGGCCUGCAUCAAUGAAUUGUUCAGCAACAACAGAUUUGUACUUCUUAGCUCAUGUUUGUCAUGAUGAAAUAGAAGGCGAGUCAUCUGAAGCUGCCAGACAACCAAUUAUCGAAGUGAUUCAAUUCCCUCAAUUCACAUUUAUCUGUCAUCAGUCAAUUGAUGCCAUACGCAUAGCUUGUAAAAAUAUUUCCAAUCUAGGCAUGUGUAUGGCAUUACAAGGAGUUGAAAAGCACUCAUCUAUAGAGAGAAUACAUUGUCUUCUAUUGGCUGGUUUUGAAUCUGGACACUUGGUGUUAUUGGGUGAUGGUUUAGUUCUAUGUGUCAUUGAUGAUCUCUUGGGUCAAUCUAUCCCUAUUAUGACAUUCUCUCUUCGACCUGUAGUUGUACAACAGUCGGGUAAGGAAACAACAAUAACAACAGAUCUACAGAAGAUUACUAGACUUAUUGUCCUGGGUGGACCAAGUGUUGACACUUGUGAUACAAGCUCACCAGUCAGUGGAAGUAUAGCCUUUGUACAGCUGGAAUACAAACCACAAUUAGACAAUCCUUAUAUAUUGUCUAAGGUACGAAAAACACUAGAUAAUUCUCUAAUUGGUAUUUCAUGUUUUUCUUGGCGUGGAGAUGGUCGUCUUCUGGCAAUCGGUCAAUGGGAUGGACAAAUACGCCUGGCUGAAAUACAAUCAAAAGUUGAUCGAUUUAAAAUAAAAUCCCUAGGUUAUCUUACAAGUAUUGGUGGAUUGAAUGAAGGCAGUUUAAUCGGGGAUUGGAGUUCUACAACACUGACUAAACCACACGGACCUAAUAUUGAUCAACAAUCGAAGUUGAUUCGAUCAUGUACAUUUACAAAGACAUCAAAUUAUUUACUUACAUCUGUUCCAGCAAAUGGUGGAGCUAUUGGCAGUUUACUUGUUUGGGAUGUUUAUAGGACUGAAAGUUAA